AAGAUUCAAUUGCUUCCGUUUAUUUCCACCUAUUCUCCAAAAAUUUAUUCGCUCUUUCACUGUCUUUCUCUUUCCUCUUUUUUCAUCUUCCCCUCUUUCUCUCUCCUCUCUGAGCUUCAAUGGUUUUUGUGGAAUGAUCUGCAAAAGUUUGAUAGAUCCGGAAAGUUUCAAUCUUUUCAUGCUUUUUUUGUUUUCCUAGGUUUAAUGAAGUAACUCCAUGCCAUGGAAAUCGUCAGAUUUCUGCACUUAGGAAUCGACCAGUUUCAAUGAUGGGGUCUGAACUAAGCAUAACCUGAAAUAGGCUAUUGGUUUCCAGUGUAACUAAUAUGGAUAGGGCAGACACUUCAGGUUUUGUAAGUGGUGGAAGUUUCUUACUGAAGGCUCUUGUUGUCACUUGUUUACAUUUUGUGGAUGCUAGAAGUUUGUGGCUGAGACUGUAAUUCUAGUUUGUCUAGUUUGUUUUUCUAUUCUUAAUUUUUAAGUCAAUCAAGAUGAAUGUAAAUGAGAAGGGAGCGUACUUCUCUUGCUCUAAUGAAUUUGCUAGAAACGACAACUUGGGGGAUACCACUUUGCGGUUGGACUGCCUUGGCUAUGGAAGGAGUAGUGGUUCUCAAUUUUUUAAUACCCAAAAUGACCCUGGGGUUUUUAGUUCCAUGACUCUCGAUGAUGGUUGCAGAUUGGUGCUCGGGUUAGGCCCUACAGCAAGAUCCAGUUCAGAAGAUAAACAAACGAAAGGAUCAUCUUCAUCAUUGUUACAGGGGUUGUCAGGCGAUGGUGAUUCAAUCUUACAAUUGGGACUUUCUGGAGUAACUGGAGACUUGUUCGGAUCUCUGGAAUAUUCAACUUCAACCCAGACUGAUUUAAAUGCACAUCAUUUCCCUAGACAAGUAACUGCUGCUGAUCCUACUCAUGUUAUUCCUGUAGCUGAUGAAGGCUCCACUUCUGCUAAGCAAUCAGGUGGUUAUAUGCCAUCUCUUCUUUUGGCUCCUACAAGGGAUCGCAGACAAGCCCCUGUGCCGAUGUGGGAUAUGUUAGAUCUUAGCUCAAAAUCUUCUUCUGAUAAAUCUCAUCUGGGUUCUGAGCCUUCAAGUUGCACCAUGGGAACUAUAUCCGAGCAUUCAGGCACUCCUACAUCUGUGGAUAAUAGGCCGUCUCAUAAUGCGAAGAAGUGCCGUUUUAUGGGUUGUAUAAAAGGAGCUCGGGGAGCAUCAGGUUUGUGUAUUGGUCAUGGUGGUGGUCAGAGAUGCCAGAAACCCGGUUGUAAUAAGGGUGCAGAAAGCCGUACUGCUUUCUGCAAGGCUCAUGGAGGAGGGAAGAGGUGCCAGCACUUAGGAUGCACUAAAAGUGCUGAGGGAAAGACUGACUACUGCAUAGCUCAUGGUGGAGGUCGCCGAUGUGGGUAUUCUGGGGGUUGCUCUAAAGCAGCACGUGGGAAAUCAGGGCUUUGUAUUCGGCAUGGUGGAGGUAAGAGAUGUAAGAUGGAAGGUUGCACAAAGAGCGCCGAAGGUCGGGCAGGUCUUUGUAUUUCACAUGGGGGUGGAAGGCGAUGUCAAUUUCCGGAUUGUGCAAAGGGUGCUCAAGGAAGCACUAUGUUUUGCAAAGCACAUGGAGGGGGAAAACGAUGCAUUUUUGCUGGCUGUACAAAGGGUGCAGAGGGGAGCACACCGUUGUGCAAAGGACAUGGUGGGGGUAAGCGAUGCAUGUUUGAUGGGGGUGGGAUCUGCCCAAAGAGUGUUCAUGGGGGAACAAACUUCUGUGUUGCUCAUGGAGGUGGGAAGAGGUGUGCUGUUCCUGGGUGCACAAAGAGUGCACGUGGGCGCACCGAUUGCUGUGUCAAGCAUGGUGGUGGAAAGCGAUGUAAGGUUGUAAACUGCGGAAAGAGUGCUCAAGGUAGCACCGAUUUCUGCAAAGCUCAUGGAGGUGGGAAACGGUGUUGUUGGGGCGAUGGAAAAUGUGAAAAAUUCGCGAGGGGUAGAAGUGGGCUAUGUGCAGCCCAUAGUAGCAUGGUCCAAGAGAGGGAAAACAGGAGAGGCAUGAUCGGGCCUGGCUUGUUCCACGGGCUUGUUUCGACCACUUCUACCGUCGCUAGCAGCCUGGAAAACAAGAAUUCUUCGUCCGGAAUGAGUGUUAUCUCUGAUUGUGGAGAUUCAUUGGGACGGCCAGCUAAAAGGCAGCAUCUCAUCCCUCCUCAGGUUCUAGUACCCCUAUCAAUGAAGUCCGCAUCAUCUCAUUCUGUGCAGACAACUCACGGCGAACAGAAUGUUGAUAGUGGUAGGGGCAGUUUUGGGUUCUUAAUACCAGAGGGCAGAGUUCAUGGUGGAGGCUUGAUGUCAUUGCUUGGGGGAAAUCUAAUUGAUAACGCCGUGCAUGGGCUAUGAAGGUGUAAAAAUUAUGAUGCUGUAUUAUUUGCUGCAUUUUCAUCAAGGUUAUUCCUCUGAUCCCUUGUAUUGUUAUUCUUGUAAUUGUGUAUAAAGCUGUAAGUCUAUGUCACUACAUGUACAAAUAGUUUCUGUAAACCGUGGAUAUUUUAUUGUGGUGGUGGCAUUCACCCUGCAUUACUACACAGUUAAUGAGCUCUAUGUAUAAUUACCAGUUUAGCACUU